UUCAAAACGGUAAGGAAUGAGGAUAGCGCUCCGGCUCCUCUCUCUCUCUCUCUCUCUCUCUCUCUCUCUCUCUCUCUCUCGCGCGCGCGCCAUAUUGGCGCCAUUCUUCCGCCUUUCGAGCGGCUGGUAGAAGCCCUAAUGUCGCGGGAGAGUUCCUCCUCUUCGCGAAGUGCUUAGUUGGUCUGGACCGGACCGCCUCCACUCACCCCUCUUCCUGUUGUAAGCUCGUUCUUCCUGUUGUAAGCUCGGACAGCCGUUCUUCUCAAGGUUAGCGCAUCCAAUCUUUGAAUCCUCGUCUUGGUUCCGCUGCCUCCUUUCUCUUCAUGGACCUCCAACUCCGUUCUGUCAAUGCUGGUGACGGGCGCACCUGUCGCUUAGAGGGUUCGUGAGGGAAAGAAAUGGAGAUGUCGGUUCAGUUUCAGUUGCUGCCUCUUUGCUCUCAGAGUUCAUCGUCAUCAUCAUCUUCUUCUUCGCCGCGUCUACUUCCGAAAAAAUUUUGCAGGCCGUUGAAUUUCUCCAAGUUCAGACAGCGUGCAAGUCAAUCUUGUCUUCCCAGGAGGUCAACCAAGAUUUUAAGUUACUAUGGUUUGACAGCUCCCUCGUAUAAACUGGAUGCUUUGGAACCUUACAUGAGCCAAAAGACUCUAGAAGUGCACUGGGGAAAGCACCACCGACAUUAUGUUGAUAGCCUGAACAAGCAGCUUGAGACCAGUCCAUUAUAUGGAUAUACAAUGGAAGAAUUGGUGAAAGUUUCCUAUAACAAUGGAAACCCACUUCCACAAUUUAACGAUGUUGCUCAGGUUUGGAAUCAUGACUUUUUUUGGGAAUCCAUGCAACCAGGUGGUGGUAAGCUUCCAAGAGGAGGCCUUCUUUUACAAAUCGACAAGGACUUCGGAUCUUUCAUCAAUUUGAGAGAGGAGUUCCUUAAAACAGCUCUUUCAUUGUUUGGUUCUGGCUGGGUGUGGCUUGUUUUGAAGACAAAAGAAAAGAAGCUUGCUGUGGUUAAAACAUUAAAUGCUGUUAACCCCCUUAUCUCGGGUGACAUACCACUCAUCAAUCUGGAUAUGUGGGAGCACGCGUACUAUCUUGACCACAAGAAUGAUAAAGAGAAAUAUGUUCUGACAUUCCUCAAUCACCUCGUGUCAUGGAAUGCAGCAACUUCACGUAUGAUUCGUGCUGAAGCUUUUGUGAAUCUAGGGGAGCCUAAAGUCCCAGUUGCUUGAAUUUCUUCUCGGCUGUUUUUUGUACUAGGUCUGCCUCGUUUGACCAGCUUAGAAGAAAUAAAUUAUCUCUCUCUCUCUC